AUGGCUAAAUUUGAAGUCCGUACGAAGGAACAGAGCCUGGACAGUCCCAUUAAACUCAAGUGCCUGCCUAUGGGUCAGUGGCACCUGCGUGCGGACUCCUUCCUGCCUCCCUUUUCCUCCAACCACCCACUCUUGGCCUGCCGACGACAGGACAGCGCGAAAUCAUCGUCCGCAGCCGCGACAACAGCCUCUACCGUGGACACCACCGCCACCACCACCAUUUCUCAUGUGGAGGCAGACGAGUCCACCUGGGAUUCAAGAGCCGGUAGGUGCAUCUUCAAAGUGUAG